UCAUAACUCAUCACUCCACAAUCCACAUAGCUAGCUGGUAAUUAAUUAAUAAGAAUGGUUGAUUUUGUGUUGGUGGGAUUUCUGUCCCUGCUGCUGGGAUGUUGUUGUUCUGUUUAUGGUGUUGGCGAAGGAGGUUGGAGCAAUGCCCAUGCAACCUUCUACGGAGGGGGUGAUGCUGCUGACACAAUGGGUGGAGCGUGUGGAUAUGGGAACCUGAACAGCGAAGGGUACGGGAGAAACACAGCAGCUGUGAGCAGUGCCCUCUUCAACGGAGGCCUGAGCUGCGGAGCAUGCUUCCAGAUCAAGUGCGUCAAUGACAAGAGGUGGUGUCUGCCGAGGUCGGUGGUGGUCACGGCCACCAAUUUCUGCCCUCCAAACCACGCCCUCCCUAGCACCGCCGGCGGAUGGUGCAACCCUCCCCUCCACCACUUCGAUCUGGCUCAGCCUGUCUUCCAACAGAUUGCCAAUGUCAGAGCUGGCAUAGUCCCUGUUGCCUACACAAGGGUACCAUGCCAAAAGAGAGGAGGCAUGAGGUUCACCAUCAACGGCCAUGCAUACUUCAACUUAGUACUAAUCCAAAACGUCGGAGGUGCAGGCGAUGUGCAUGCCGUUUCAAUCAAAGGCUCCAACACCAAUUGGCAAUCCAUGUCAAGGAACUGGGGUCAGAACUGGCAGAGCAACUCAUACCUCAACGGCCAAACCCUCUCCUUCAAGGUUACCACCAGUGAUGGCCGCACCUUGAUCUCUAACAAUGUUGCCCCUCCUUCCUGGUCCUUUGGCCAGACCUUCACGGGCCUACAAUUCCCUUAAUCCAUUAAUUAAUUUCUCAUUCAAAUUAAAGCAGUUGCAAUUUCUUCCAUGUAUGUUAUGAGUGAUUAUUGAGUCUUAAGGGUAUAUGUACUCCCAAAUGAAAAGGGGCUUAUUUUUUAAAAUAGUCCCAUUCAUUUCAAUUGUGGUAGUGUUUUUAGACGGUAGUGGUGGAUCUUUAGGGUUCACCACCCGGAAUUUUAGUUUCCUGUCAUCUUUACCAUGAAAUAAGUGAUCUACUAUUUCGCGUCAAAUAAGAGCCAAGAGUGAUAUGUAGUAUUUGCUAGCUUAUAUUAGCAAAACCGAUCAUUGUAACGGGAUUAAUUUGCUCCCAUAUCUUUAAAGUUUAUCUAGUUUUGUGUGUUGUGAUUGUCAGAAUGAAUGUAAGUCAUUAAUCAUAAAUGAA